CGCGCCUUGUUUAAGCGACGAACCCCACGCGCCGGCGGCGUGAACGCACAGUGAUAAUACAUGCAUGUCGCGCGCAACGCAGCCACCCAGCAAGCGCACGAGCGCUGCGCCCGUCGCGGCGGUGGCAGCGGCAGGCCCGGCCCACGCGCAGGGGGAGGAGACGUCGCUCUGGGGGUCCGGGGCGCCGUGCGGCGCGUGCAAGUUCCUGCGGCGGCGAUGCGUGCCGGGGUGUGUCUUCGCGCCGCACUUUGGCGGCAGCGGCGGGGGCGGGGCCGGCGCGGCGCAGUUCGCGGCCGUGCACAAGGUGUUCGGCGCCAGCAAUGUGGCGAAGAUGCUGUCGCAGGUGCCCUUGGCGCUGUGCCGGGACGCGGCCAGCACCGUCUGCUACGAGGCGCAGGCGCGCAUCGCCGAUCCCGUCUACGGCUGCGUCGGUACCAUCCUUGCGCUCCAGCACCAGGUAGCACUCGUCCAAGCCGAGCUCACCAUUGCGCAAACCGAGCUCCUCAACCGCAGGAUGGCCUUGGCAACGGUCCAUCCGGCGUACUCCGUUGUGUCGCCCACGAGCCAAAUGGUGAACUGUAGCGCUCUUUCACAGACCCUGGAUUUCAUAGACACGGAGCCAAAAUGCUUGCCGUUGCCCCCUCCUCUCCUACCAUCGCAGCAACAGCGGGGAGAAGAACAUGAGAGGGGCAGUCCAACGGAUGUUUUCGCGCACAUCCCCGAGAAAUAGAAGUUCUCGUAACUGCAUCAUGUUAUUUUUCAUGUAUAUUUUAAGUUUUGUUGAUUUAAUAAUAGUUCUUAACAAACAACAACUACAAUGCCACCAAUUAUAACCUCUUUGCGAUUCCGCCGACAUGCUUGAUACAUACGUAUCAACAUGUCGU